UGCUCUGCGUCGAUAUUACAUCUGGCAGCUCAGCGCAGUUAGGAGAGAGGCGGGCUUGUUUGUAAUGCAAUUAAGCGUGUCCUUGGUGAAGCCUAAGUUAAGAGAAGGCUCGGAUACAAGGAGCACGUUAAAGGACAGGAUUGGCCCGAACUUUUGAACUGUCUUCUGGGACAGGCCUGGACUCUCGUCUCGAGUCCACCCGGACCUGAACCCCAGCCAUCAGCGAAGUCGUAGGACCCUUUUUGCCAUCCUGAGGGAAAGAUAGAGGCAGACAGGAUGGUGUCUAAGUGUUUGAGAGAUUGUUCUCAGGACUCAGUGACCUUCGCUGAUGUGGCUGUGUACUUCACCCAGGAAGAGUGGACUUUACUGAACCCCUUUCAGAGAAAGCUAUAUAGAAAUGUGAUGCUGGAAAACUACAAGAACCUGACCACAGCAGGAUAUAAGCAUUCAAACCAAAUCUAUUAUCUUGGUUGGAAAAUAAGAGUUGAAGUCUGUGGAGAGACAGAUCCUCCAAGAUACCAAAAACACCAGGUGGAGAAGUUAACUACAUGAUGACCAGACUGUACCCAGGACUUAAGCAGCUACAAUUCCAGAAACUGACCUCAAAGAUAUGGGAACAAGUACACCCCAGAACUGAAGAUUAACUGUACCUAAAAACAACCAAGAUGAUGCUAGUCAGACCACUGAUGACCAAUUGAAGAUGACUGUUAAAGAUGACUGUGCUGUUUCUGUGUGUACCACCCCCCCCAACUCUGUCUAUAAAAGCUCUCACUCCCUGUUUGUGGAGAGGGGUGUCAGCCUUUGGACAAAUGCCUGCCAUUGUCCCCCCACAGUUUCUGGCAUCUGAAAUAAAGCAAACUUUCCUUUCGACCAA